AUGCGUUUCGUUCCAGUCCUUGCGACUGCAUUGCUCGCCGCGUCUAAUAUCGUGGGAGCUUCUCCUGCAGUCGCCUCGUCCAGUGCUGCUGCUGCUGCUGCCGCCGCCGCUGAUACCACUGUCGCUGCCGCUGCCGCUGCCGACACGGCAUCCAGCGGCGCUACUACGGCCAAUGUCAAUGCAGCCAAUGAAGCCGCUGGUACUUCGCAGGCUGCCGCUACUGCAGCGGCCAAUACCGCAGCUGCUAGCAAUAACGAGCAGACCAACAAUGCUGCUUCCGCUAACACUGCCACUGCCGAUACCAUUGCCAACAUCGUGAACACGAUCGUUGGUAACACGGCCGCCUCCAACACUGCCACUGCCGCUGGCACGACCGCCUCUGCCGCAGAGACUGCUGCUUCCGCUUCUUCGACCGCCAAAUCCGGCUCUAGCUCCUCUUCUUCGAGCUCUUCCUCCACCCUCGAGACCGAGAUCAACAGUCUCUUGGGUAGCUUGACCGGCAGCGGGAGCUCUACCAGUCUGACCAGCAUUUUCGGCGAGCUUGGCGAUCUCCUCAAGGGUAUCACUGGUCUUCUCAACCCCAGCCUGCUCUCCGAGAUUGAGGAUACCUUCAAGUAUCUGUCUACCUCGCUGGCUCCUCCUGUCGACACCAACAUUCGUGUCCUCCUUUCCAACGACAACACCCAGGCCAUCGCAAAUCUGCUAACAAAUGCUAAUACUCUGUUGAGUAAGAAGAAUACCGAUACUUUGAGCAAUAUCUUGUCAAAGGCCGAUACUCUCCUAAGUGACAACAACCUCAACAACCUCGGGAAGCUGCUCAACAACAUCGACAAGGUCAACGAUCUCGUUGAGAACGCCGAUGCGCUUCUGUCCAAGAACAACGUCAAUGCCAUUGAGAAUUUGGUAUCGAACGGCAACAGUUUGUUGACCAAGGACUUCGUUACCAAGACGAACUCCCUGAUCGAUGGCGCUUCUAACCUGUUGACCACGGAUGUCACCAAUGCGCUCAAGAAGCUGCUGAAUGCCGUCGUGCCGCUUCUCCCAGAGUUGCAGAGCUUCCUUACCAAGGACACCUUUACUGCUCUGACCAAUCUAUUGACCAAUGGAAACGCACUUUUGACCAAGGCCUUCAUUACCAAGACCAAUAGCUUGAUCGAUGCCGCCUCCAACUUGUUGACCACCGAUGUCUCCAACGCCCUGAAGGAGCUUCUCAACGCCGUGGUGCCUCUCCUCCCUGAGCUUAAAGGCUUCCUCACCAAGGAUACCUUUAAUUCCCUCACGAAUCUGCUCAACAACGGAAACUCCCUCCUCACGAAGGACUUUGUUACCGAGACCCAGGGUCUUGUCAAGGGAGCUUCUGCUCUUCUCACCACGGAAGUCUCGAACGCACUCAAGACUCUGCUCAACGCUGUCGUUCCUCUCCUUCCUGAGCUCAAGGGCUUCCUCACCAAGGAGACCUUUGCUUCCCUCACGAAUCUGCUCAAUAACGGAAACUCCCUCCUCACGAAGGACUUUGUUACCGAGACCCAAGGUCUUGUCAAGGGAGCCUCUGCCCUCCUCACCGCGGAAGUCUCGAACGCACUCAAGACGUUGCUUAACGCUAUCGUUCCUCUCCUCCCUGAGCUCAAGAGCUUCCUCACUAAGGAUACCUUUGAUGCUCUUACCAACCUUCUUACGGAGGGUAACGCGCUCCUCACCAAGGACUUCGUUACCGAGACUCAGGGACUUGUCAAGGGCGCGUCCGCUCUUCUCACCACGGAUGUCACCAAUGCUCUCAAGACAUUGCUCAAUGCCGUGGUCCCGAUUCUUCCCCAGCUGAAGGGCUUCCUGACCGCACAGACUUUCAAUGAGCUGAACAACUUGCUCCAGAGCGGAUCUGAUUUGUUGACUCCUGAAUUCGCCAACUCGACCAAAUCUUUGGUGGAGAACGCUAACGACCUCUUGACUCCUGAUCUUGUCAGCGGUCUCAAGGGCAUUCUCAACGAAGUCACUCCUCUGCUUCCGUCGAUCAAGUCGCUGCUCACCAAGUCUACCAUUGAGGCUAUCGGCUCUUUGUUGUCGAAUGCCAACGCUCUUCUCACUCCCGCCAGCGUCAAGGAGAUCAACGGUCUCCUGAGCAGUGCUAGCGACCUUUUGACCCCGGCAUUCAUCAACAGCACGGAUGAAUUGGUGACUGGGGCCCAUGAUCUGCUCUCGCCGUACGUCCUGGGCGGUCUGUCCGAACUCCUGAAUGCCCUUGUGCCAGUUGUGCCCGACAUCAACAAGGACUUCCUGAACAAGACGACUCUGAACAACUUGACAUACCUCCUUGGAAACGGCACGACCUUGUUGACCCCCAAGUUCGUCGAGGGCACCAGCGACUUGAUCACCGAGGCUGGCGAACUUCUCACUCCUGAAAUGGUCACCUCCCUGAAGGAUCUGCUGAAGGGUGUCGAUGAUAGCCUGCCUGAGAUCAAGACCCUCAUCACGCCCGACUCAGUCAAGAAGAUCUCUGGCCUGCUCACGAACGCAGAAGAUCUACUGAGCGAAAAGUUCGUGAACCAGACGAGCACACUGAUCAAUGACGUGUCGAGUCUCUUCCCGCUUCUCGAGGGCAUUCUCAAUUCGCUGUAA